ACUGACAUCAUAUAAAAGAACAUUUUCUUUUCGUCAUAGUCUUUCAUUAACAUAAAGAUAUAAAGUCUACAUUUUCACAGGAAAAAGCGUAAUUUCAAUAUGGAAUUAAGUUUGUUAUACGGAAUUACUAUCUUUCUGUUAACUAUUUCGCUGAUGAAACAUGUUCGUGCAGCUGCCAUUGAUAUACCUUUAAUUUCAAAAUUAAACGCACCCCUGAAAGCAGAACUAGAUAUUUCCAUCUUAACAACACAACUUAAGGAACUGAUAGGAAAUGAGGUGAAGCAAGCUGUUUCCGAAGCAAUGAAUGACCUCGCUGAAAACAUUGUGAAUAACAAAACUCAAUCUGCCGUGGAAAACUUACAAACUUCUAACAAUCUGACGAUAUCAACUCUCCUAAAGGAAAUAGAAGAUGUAGCUGCUAGGAAGGAAAGCGAUGUUAGAACAAUGAAAGAAAAACUACAGGGAGAUAUUAAACAAAUGAAGGAAAAAAUAUCAGCUGUUGGAGCAGAGUUUGAAAAAAGCACAAAAAGAGUUGCCAUGACUGCUCAUCCAUCGUCACAGGGAACAAUAAGAAAUACCAUAAUGAAAUUCGAUGACGUCAAGUACAGCAUCGGUAUCACGGACCUGUCAACAUACAAGUCAACAGGAAAGUUUACCUGUGAACAUGAAGGACUGUACUUGAUAUCUGCGUCUGUGACGUCGUAUACCAGUGAUGCAAAUUACUAUAUUAGACUUAAUGGAAAUGAUAUUUCACUCACAUACAUCGGAGUUCAUAGUGGUAGUAAAACUUUUACUGGUGCAGUGACUGUAACAAGGAAGUUGAAUCCAAAUGAUCAAGUCUGGGUGUUUGCCUAUGGAUCGUGGUUUCUUUAUGGUGGCAUGUGGUCCAAACUAACAAUAAUCAAAAUAAAGUAAAGAUUUAUAAUUUGAUUUAAAUAUAACAGAGUAUACUUAUUUUGGAGAUUACAGUAUAUAAUUGUAUUUGUUCUAUUUUACAUGUACAUAAUAUUUAUCACAAUGAUAUUGUAUUAUGAUUUGUAAUAUCAACAAUUAAAUUAAAAUCUGUAUAAUGAUGGUGGGGAAGGGUUAGGAACUUUAUCCGGACUCCGGAGUUUUUUUUUAAGUUCGGGAUUUUAGGAUUGAUCCUUUCUGGAUCCGGGACGUCUUUAUUCGAAUUUCGUAAAUGUCGGGAUUUAAAUUUCUUUUAAUUCGGGACCUCGGUAUUUCAAGUUUUUAAGCCCGGGAUUUCGGGAUCAUGACCCCCUCCCUCAAUAAUUUAUUGCUGAUGUUUUUAAAAUUGAGCAAAUUAUGCCAAGGAAUUAAUUGUUUAUAAAAGUGUAUGCAGUUUAAAUGUUGUUCUUAUUGAGUCUAAUGGUUUCAAUAAAAUUAAGAGCAUAUUGAAAUUAAAACAAACAUCUGUUUGCAUUUUUUGUUAAAAAAUCACACCUUUUUUCGAAGAACGAAUAACGGAGGUAAAUGAUUAUCUUAUGCUGGUUUGAAAAAAAAAGGUGGAAUAAAUCACUGCAAUAAAAACUUUUUCAUUUUAGCAUUGGGAAAAUUAGCGUUAACAUAUCAAUAGUUGGCGUUUGAUAUACAAAAAACGUAUGAAAUCGAUAUUCCAGAUUCCGAUAUUGCAAUCUUACCAACUCCAAAAUGUAAUUGGAAACAUAUCCCUACAAUAGAGCUUUGUUCUGCAAAAGGUAAACAUAAUAAAUAAUGUCAUAAGGUUGCCUAGGUAGUUUUAUUUACAAUUUCUUUUGCAAAUGAGGUCUACAGUAAGGGCUUAGUGAUGUUCCGGACCAUAUGAGUAUUUGGAUCAUACGCGUAUGGUCAUGACCAUAUGCGUAUACUCAUAUGGUCCGACCAUACGCGUAUGGUCAGACCAUAUGAGUAUAAUACUCGUUUGGUUAUUAACGGACCGGACCAUAUGAGUAUUUGGACCAUAUAGGUAUUUUUUUUCAAAUUACUUAAAAAACGUAUCAAUACAAAAACUAUCCAAAAAAGCAAUGAUGAUUACAUGACAAUAUAUUAAUUUUAUAAUUCAAAGACUACGUAAAUUUUAAUUGAUGCCCUAGUUAGUUUUCAUCCCUAAUUACAUUCUUGCAUGUAGGCUUGGGGUGACAGUUACUACCACACGGUAUCAUAGCUUUUUUGCAUUUACAAGUCCUUGUUGUGCACGAUCCGUUUCAUUUACAUCUUUUGUUUGCGAAUGAAAAGUUAGCUUUUUUGCAGCUGCGUACAGUGAUACCGAGGUCUUGGGCCAUUCCGAUAUAUGUACGAUCUUUUAAGAUCGAAGUUCUAGAUCUCAAAUAUCGUAACACGACUGCAAUACACCAUAUUCACAAGACAACUUAAAUAAAAUAUAUUACUUUCAAUUGACUUCUUGUGUAACAGUUCAAUAAGAAAUUUUUGGAAAUAUUUCUUAAAGUCGACAUAAAGCCAUUCACUCGUUAUAAACAAUCGGUUAUAACCAUCGGUAAUGACCAUCGGCAAUGACCAUUGGUAUAAAAUGUGUUUAAUAUAUUUUUGACAAGUAAAUAAAAUUAACUAUUUG